AUGCGGAUCCCAACGAGACGGGAGUUUAUGAAAUUGAAAGUUUAUGGUAUCACUCGUAUUCUACCUAUCAAGAUUCCUUUCUUCAAAGAAAUUCUACUCGAGUCCUUUUCGUGCGACCAUUGUGGCUGGAAAAAUAAUACCGUUAAAAGCGCCGGCCAAAUACAAGAGAAAGGAUCGAAAUACACUUUCAGGCUGGACAAAAUGGAGGAUUUUCAGAGACAGAUCGUUCGGAGUGACACGGGCAUCUUUCGAUUGGAGGAUAUCGAUCUUGAAAUGCCACCUGCGCCUGGACAGCUGACCAAUUUGGAGAGCAUCAUCUUGAAAAUCAAAACGGAUUUGGAAUACGACCAGCCGACUAGAAAAGGGACCAGCCUUGAACUUUACCAUGCCCUCGAAAUGAUCAUUCAGAAAUUGCAAACCAUGCUGGAUGGCAACGGGUUUCCCUUUACAGUUUCAGUGGAUGAUAUUUCCGGUAACUCCUUCAUCGAACCCUCGCCUGAAGACAAAGACUCCAAAUACACCAGAACCGACUACUUCCGUACCCACGAACAAAAUGCACAGCUGGGAUUGGGAGCGGAUGAUGACGCUGAAAACACCGAUGGUGGUGGAAUGGAGGGCGUCAGUAUUGUCGAUAAUGAAGUCUACGAACUCCAUGCUGAAUGCCCCGCCUGCUCGAAACCAUGUACCGUCAACAUGAAGAAGACCAACAUUCCUCAUUUCAAAGAGGUCAUCAUCAUCGCCACUGUGUGUGGGCACUGCGGUUACAGAACAAACGACGUUAAAACCGGCGGAGCAGUUCCGGAAAAAGGAAAACGAAUCACAUUGGAGAUCAAGACAAUAGAAGACAUGUCCCGUGAUAUUCUGAAGUCGGAGACUUGUGUCUUGAAAAGUCUCGACCUUGGCUUGGAAGUGCAACCUGGAACGCUUGGCGGCCGCUUCACUACCGUGGAGGGCCUGCUUACUCAGGUUCGCGACCAACUUCACGGGCAAAUUUUUGACGUCGGCAAUGAAGAUCUCGUGGGAGGUGAUUCAAUGUCAGAUGAGACCAGAUCAAGAUGGGACCAGUUUUUCGGCAAGUUGGACCGAGCGAUCAAAGCCGAAUUCCCAUACUCGAUUACACUAGAGGAUCCACUCGCCAAUUCAUUCGUGCAGAAGAAUGUGGACUCUGGUGAGGAUCCUCAAAUCAUGACGGAAGAAUAUGAGCGGACAGAGGAGGAGAUGGAAGAUCUCGGUCUAAAGGAUAUGAAGACCGAGGGAUAUGAAAAUGAAAACGGCGAUGGAAAGGUCCCAGCCACUCAAUGA